GCUGUGACGCCGUUGUUGUGGCGCGGCGGGGAAGCACGUGAGGAGUGCGACGUCACCAUAAACACUCGUGGGCAACAUGGCGGCGCCGCCGAGCGGCAAGGUUUUAUAUGAGCAAGAAGGAGUUUUCAUUCACUCCUCCUGUGGAAAAAAUGAUGACCAGGACAGCUUAAUUGCAGGAAUACUGCGUGUCAUAGAAAAGGAAAAUGAAGUAGUGGUAGACUGGAGGCCAUUGGAUGAGAGUUUGGAUACUUCUAAUAUCCUCUGUGCUGGAAAGGAUUCCAGUUCUGUUGUGGAGUGGACUCAAACUCCUAAAGAAAAAUGUUCCAGAGGAGCAGACCGUCCAAGUAGUUAUGAAGCAGAAUGGGACAUGGUCACCACAGUCUCUUUCAAGAAGAAACCUCAUUCAAACGGAGAUGCUACGAGUCAUGCAAAUGGAGAGAGCAAGUGGUCAUUCCUGUUCAGUUUGACAGAUCUGAAAUCAAUCAAACAAAACAAAGAAGGCAUGGGAUGGUCUUAUUUGGUGUUCUGUCUGAAGGAUGAUGUGAAGCUCCCAGCUCUUCACUUUCAUCAUGGAGAUAGCAAAYURUUGAUUAAAUGCCUUGAAAAGCACRUUGUGCUGAAUGAAUCUCCACAUGAUGAACGGGUUCUUCUUGUGAAGACUCAGAAGUCACUGUCUCAGUCUUUUGAAAAUCUCUUCGAUGAACCAUCAUAUGGCUUAUUACAAAAAUGGAAGAAAGAUCCAUACGUAGUGACAAUGGGAAGAUUUUCCAAAGUUACAAACUAUAUUUUUGAUAGUUUCCGUUCAAGUGAUCCAUCAAAUCAAAGGCGACCACCAUCAGAAAUGGCAGACUUUCUUAAUGAUACUAUUCCAGGGCUGAAGAUAAAUCAGCAAGAAGAGCCAGGAUUUGAAGUCAUUACACGAAUCGACCUAGGGAAACAGCCUGAAGUUAGUAGAAGAGAGCCUGUGUCAGCUGAAGAAUGGGCUAAGAAUAUGGAUUCUGAAGGAAGAAUUUUAGAUGUUGACUACAUAAAACGAUUGAUAUUCAAAGGGGGUCUCUGCCAUACUUUAAGGAAGGAGGCAUGGAAAUUUCUUUUGGGGUAUUUUCCUUGGAAUAGCACUAGAGAAGAGAGAGCAAAUCUUCAAAAAAGGAAAACGGAUGAAUAUUUCAGGAUGAAACUGCAGUGGAAAUCUGUUAGUGAGGAGCAGGAAAAGCGAAAUUCAAGACUAAGAGAUUACCGAAGUCUUAUAGAAAAAGAUGUUAACAGGACAGAUCGAACAAAUAAAUUCUAUGAAGGUGAAGAUAAUCCAGGACUCAUUUUACUUCAUGAUAUUUUGAUGACCUAUUGCAUGUAUGACUUUGACUUAGGUUAUGUGCAGGGGAUGAGCGACUUGCUGUCACCUGUCUUGUAUGUUAUGGAGAACGAAGUAGAUGCCUUUUGGUGCUUUGUAUCAUACAUGGAUCAAAUGCAUCAGAAUUUUGAAGAACAGAUGCAGGGUAUGAAGACACAACUAAUUCAACUGAGUACUUUGCUUCGUUUACUAGACAGUGGAUUUUGCAGUUAUUUAGAAUCUCAAGACUCAGGCUACCUUUAUUUUUGCUUCCGGUGGCUUCUUAUCAGAUUUAAAAGGGAAUUUAGCUUUCAAGAUAUUCUUCGACUCUGGGAGGUCAUGUGGACGGAACUGCCUUGUCAGAAUUUUCAUCUUCUCCUUUGUUGUGCUAUCCUAGAAUCUGAAAAACAGCAAAUAAUGGACAAGCACUAUGGCUUUAAUGAAAUAUUAAAGCAUAUCAAUGAAYUGUCUAUGAAAAUUGAUGUGGAGUAUAUACUCUGCAAAGCAGAAGCAAUUUCUAUGCAGAUGAUGAAUUGCAAGGAAUUGCCUCAAGCAGUUAGUGAGAUUCUGGGGAUAGAGACCAGUUCAGUAACACCGGAUUCAGAUACUGGAGAGGAUGAAAGUGGAGCUGAGUUGGGUUGUCCGACGUUGUAUCAGAAUAUCUCAACACCUGUAAUCGCUGCCAAUGGGACACGCGACGGUGCUCAACAGAUGUCUGAGAGGCAGAGCCUGGCACCUGCGUAAUUACAGUUGGUCACAUUGGAGAAAGACUUUUACUGAGCACGUUUUUUUUCWAGCACUCGAGAGAUGGAUAUUUAAAUUUGAUGUUGAUUAAGCUUUAAGGUUGUAAAGAAAAUCUGUACUGUAAUGCUCUUGCAUUAAAGCUUUACAACAUGACUCAACUAUUUUUGUAGUUUCUUCUACCAAAAUAGCCUUUUGUUUUCAAUAACAUUCCUUAAUAUUUUUGUAGCUAAGUGCAUUUUCUUUUUGCUGGUAAACUGGAAAUGGGUGGUGAUUAAGAAUGAAUUUGAAAAUUCUGCAUUUGCUGAGCUUUCACACAUAUUGAUCUAAGACAGUGUGAGCUCUUUGAUUUGAGCAGAUUCACAUUAUGCCAGCUGAAGCUGCUGUACAAAUUUUCCAGCUGAAGUGAUGCUGAUGUGCUAAAAGAGGAUUCUUUUGUAAAUGGAUUUUCCCUGUCUCAAAUGUUUACAAAAAUACUUCUAAGUAUUUGUUGCUGGUUGAAUGUAGAUUUGAAAUGGACAUUCAUACUUGCACAGUUUAAUGUCCAAAUAUUGAAUUUUGUGUAAUUGGGAGUGGAUGAACAGUAUAUUUUUACAUUAACAUAUCUUCACUUUAUAUAUACAUAUAUAUAUUUACAC